AUGGCCAAAGUUAAGCUUCACGUCGCCAUCAUCGGUGCGGGGCUCGGAGGAUUGGCAGCUGCGAUUGCAAUUGCUCGAGCUGGUCACAAAGUGACGAUUCUGGAACAGGCGCCGGCUUUGGGAGAGGUCGGUGCAGGCAUCCAAGUGCCCCCCAACAGCACCCGUAUCCUCUCUCGCUGGGGUCUCCUCCCGGCCAUUGAAAAGGCGUCGGUGCGCCCACAAAACUUCAUCCUGCGCUCCUACCGCGACGGCAAGGUCCUGUCCACCCAGCCCUUGAUCCCCCACUGCGAAUCCGCCUAUGGGUACCCGUACCUCCACAUCCACCGGGCCGACUACCACCAGAUCCUGGUCGAGGAGGCCGAGCGCCAGGGCGUCGAGAUCCGGCUGGACAGCUUCGUGACGGGCAUCGACUUUGAGCGGCCGGGGGCGCACAUUAGGGGCCAGCCGCACCCCUUCACGGCCGACCUCAUCGUGGGCGCCGACGGGCUCAAGUCGGUUUGUCGCGAGGCGCUGCUGGGCCGUCCCGAUCCGCCCCAUCUGACGGGCGACCUGGCGUACCGGAUCGUGGUGCCCGCCGAGGCCAUGAAGGCGCACCCGCUGCUGCGCGACCUCGUGGCCGUGCCCAACAUCAACUACUGGCUGGGGCCCGACGCCCACGCCGUCUCGUACCUCCUCAAGGGCGGCAACCUGUACAACAUCGUCAUCGCCUGCCCGGACAACCUGCCCGAGCUGGUCAACCAGCAAAAGGCCGACCUGGACGAGAUGCACGCCCUCUUCGCCGCGUGGGACCCGCAGCUGCGCGCCCUGCUGACCCUGUGCAACGACACCAGCAAGUGGCGCCUCCAGAACUCGCGUGAGAUGCCCUCCUGGAGCGACCAGCGCCGUGGCCGCUUCACCCUGCUCGGCGACGCGUGCCACGCCACGCUGCCGUACCUCGCCCAGGGCGCCGCGCAGGCCGUCGAGGACGGCGCCGUGCUCGGCCACCUCCUCGAGAAGAUCGAGUCGCGCGCCCAGAUCCCCGACGUGCUGGCCAUCUACGAGGCCGUGCGCAAGCCGCGCGCCACCCGCGUCGUCAACGCCUCCUCCCAGCUCGGCCGCGACGUCUUCCAUCUCCACGACGGCCCGCGCCAGCGCGAGCGCGACCGCCAAAUGAUCGCCUGGCAGGACCGGCCUUUUGAAGGGUACCAGAACCGCUGGCGCGACCCGGUCUUUCAGCCGUUCUUGUUCGGUUACGAUUGUCGCGACGUCGUCGAUGACGCUUGGGCGAGGUACCAGCAGGGCAGGUUUCCGGGGACGAUGGGGAAGUUUGCCCCUCAGGAUUGA